AUGAACGCGCCCGAUCUUGUUUCCACCUGGCAGGUCAUGCUGCAGCAAAGCGAUGUUUGCUGUGAUCCGCUGAUUCAAAGUGUCUUCAAAACCGGGAUCAGCGACCAUAGCAGCUUCGACAAGGCUUUGGCGGCGCUCCUGGGGACCAAGCUGUCAGACCGGGCCAUGUCGUCCACCGUACUCUCCGCACUCGUCACCGGAUGUCUGGUGGACGAGCCGGAAAUUGCACGCGCCGCCGCAGCUGACAUGAUCGCAGUCUAUGAGCGCGACCCAGCCUGCCACGAUUAUGUCACGCCCUUUCUCUUCUUCAAGGGGUUUCACGCGCUUCAGGCUUAUCGUGUAGCAAACUGGCUGUGGCGACAUGAUCGCAGACAUCUGGCGCAGCAUUUACAGAGUCUCGUCUCGGAACGUUUUGCCAUUGAUAUCCAUCCCGCCGCCACAAUUGGACACCGCAUCAUCUUUGACCACGGGACCGGAAUCGUCAUUGGUGAGACAGCUGUGAUAGCGGAUGAUGUUUCCAUCUUUCAGAACGUCACACUAGGCGGUACCGGUAAAAUCUCCGGCACCCGACAUCCCCAUAUUGCGCGUGGGGUUCUUGUUGGUGCAGGUGCCAAGGUGAUCGGCAACAUCACCGUCGGAGGGGCGCGGAUCGGUGCUGGAUCCAUCGUUUUAAACGAUGUGCCGCCCCAUAUCACGGUGGUUGGCAACCCGGCACGUCCCGUGGGGAAACCGCAUACCAAUGACCCGGCAAUCUCAAUGGACCAAAGCCUUCCCGACACCGACUACGUGAUCUGA